AUGCCGUCGACGCAGUCCUUGACCGUCGCAGCUAAGACGCUACGAAAUCGGAUCUUCUCACGGUCCGGAUCUACAUCCGCCGGCCCGAGUCGGUGGGCGACGCCGGGUCACGAGGAGCGGCCCAAGGGUUACUUCAUGAAUCGAACUCCUCCGGCACCGGGACAUUCGCGCAAAUGGGAAGACUGGGAGCUUCCCUGUUACAUCACCAGCUUCCUCACGAUUGUCAUCCUCGGCGUCGGACUCAAUGCCAAACCCGAUCUUUCCAUCGAGACUUGGGCUCAUCAGAAAGCUCUGGAGCGCCUCGAGAUGGAGAAGCUCGCGUCCGUCGGAGAUUCGUCCGAUUAA